AUGGAGAAAACCAGUACAGAUGUACUUCCUUUUACUAUGAAUUCUUCAGGAAAGCAAGAGACUGUAUGUAUUUUUGGAACUGGGGAUUUUGGAAGAUCGUUGAGUUUUAAAAUGCUCCAAUGUGGCUAUUCCAUUGUUUUCGGAAGUCGGAACCCCCGGAUGUCUACUCUGCUUCCCAAUGGUGCCGAGGUCUUGAGCUAUUCAGAGGCAGCCCAGAAAUCUGAUAUCAUAAUUGUAGCAACCCACAGGGAGCAUUAUGAUUUUCUCACAGAAUUAACUGAGGUUCUUAAUGGGAAAAUAUUAGUUGAUGUCAGCAACAACCUCAAAAUCAAUCAGUAUUCAGAAUCUAAUGCCGAGUACCUUGCUCAGUUGGUGCCAGGAGCCCAUGUCGUGAAAGCGUUUAACACCAUCUCAGCCUGGGCUCUCCAGUCAGGAGCACUGGAUGCAAGCCGACAGGUAUUUGUCUGUGGAAAUGACAACAAAGCUAAGCAAAGAGUGAUGGAUAUUGUUCGUACUCUUGGGCUUACUCCAUUGGAUCAAGGAUCUCUCAUAGCAGCCAAUGAAAUUGAAAACUAUCCCCUGCAACUAUUUCCAAUGUGGAGGUUCCCCCUCUAUUUGUCUGCUGGGCUGUGUGCCUUCUUCUUUUUGUACUGUGUUAUAAGAGAGGUAAUCUACCCUUAUGUUUAUGGAAAGCAAGAUGAAACAUUUCGCCUGGCCAUCUCCAUUCCAAACCGUGUCUUUCCCAUAGCAGCACUUACACUGCUUGCCUUGGUUUACCUCCCUGGUAUUAUUGCUGCCAUUUUGCAGCUGUAUCGAGGUACAAAAUACCGCCGAUUCCCAGAUUGGCUUGACCAGUGGAUGCUUUGCAGAAAGCAGCUUGGCUUAGUAGCACUGGGCUUUGCCUUCCUUCAUGUCCUCUACACACUUGUGAUUCCCAUCCGCUAUUAUGUACGAUGGAGACUGAGAAACAAAACCAUUACCCAGGUGAUAACCAACAAAGAUGACCAAUUCAGUACGUCUUCAGCCUGGCUUAGUGAUUCCUACGUGGCUCUGGGAAUCCUCGGAUUUUUUCUGUUUGUACUCUUGGGAAUCACUUCCUUGCCAUCGGUUAGCAACAUGGUCAACUGGAGAGAAUUCCGAUUUGUCCAGUCAAAACUGGGUUAUUUGACGCUGAUCUUGUGCACAGCCCACACGCUGGUGUAUGGGGGAAAGAAAUUCCUCAGCCCUACAAUUCUCCGAUGGUGUCUUCCUUCAGCCUAUGUGUUAGCACUCAUCAUUCCUUGCACCGUGCUGGUGAUCAAGUUUAUCCUCAUCAUGCCGUGUAUAGACAAGACUCUUACGCGGAUCCGCCAGGGAUGGGAAAGAAACUCAAAAACCUCAUCAGCAUUGAAUGGAAAAGCAGAUAUUUAA